CAACUGUCAGUUCCAAUCAAAACAACACAAAACACAAACAAAGAAGGUUGCAUUCGGUGUUGAUUCAGUCCGUUCUUUCUUUGUUUUCGCAUUUUAAAAGCGAAGAAGCCCGGUUGAACACAGCGUAUAUUAUUAAAAAUACGUUUAUAAGUAAUUUUCUAGUACCACGACUUAUUUCCGCGCGAUGGCGUCGAGAAAACUGAACACAAUCGAAGACUUGAGCGAAUCAUGGGUCGAGCUGAACUCUGGCGGCGGCCUGGCUGCUGUCGAGAAUGAGUACAUACGACUCCUGAGGGAGGCCCAACGCGAGAGUCGAGACUCCUCCGUCAGGCACUCGAGAGCAUCCAGCGUGAAGGGAAGCCCGAAGUCUCCUCCGAACAGCCCGAACCUGGAGCCCUCCACCGAGGAUGAGCUCAAAGGUGUCUACAUUAACUGCUGGAGGGAUGACUCCAACGAUUGGGUCUGGGAGUGGAGCAGCCGUCCCGAUCAGCUGCCGCCCAAGGACUGGAGGUUCAAACAUCCUCAGAGCGUCCGCGGUCCUCCCUCGGCCACCUCCUCGAUCGAGGUGCUGGAGCAGCAGCUAGCGCCGCCCGUUAUGCAGCAGAGCCACUGUCUGUCCGUACGUCGCACUUGUCUGUUCAGUCGCGGCGCCAUAGUGGCGGUGCUAGCCACCAACAUCGUCUCGUUAUUGCUCGGCGCCGGAAUAGGCGUCUGGCUAAGCAAGAAGGGAAUGCUCCCGCCCAGACUGAUCGUGAUCAACUGAACGUUAAGACUGACAUGUUGGCGAGCAUGCGCGCGGACAUGCUCGGGCCGCCGAUGCAUUGCGUGUUUUAGUUUAGAACGCUACGCAUCGGUGGUCGCUAAAACUUGAAAAAAUGUCGCGCUUCGCCGAUGUCCUUGGGCCGCAGACGCUGAUGCGGAUGUUUAUUAACAAAAAAAACGUUAUGUUUAAGUUAAUAAUAUAAAAUAAAUUCCUUUUAUUGACACACACAUUCGAAUGGUAACAUAAUAAUAAUAAUAUGUAAAUUAAAUUUGUAAUAUCACUUUUGUUCGCGAUUAUACGCAAUACACAAUAACUUGGCGUUGUAAGAACAUUUAAUAUAAGUUUGAUAUAUAUAUAUAAAUUGUAUAUUAUAUAGUAAUAUCGUGAUAUACACUGUUUUUUAAGGCUAAUAAAACUAAUUUUGGCUUGAAACAUGAUCGCAAUGUCUGAAAACAUUAAAAAAUAUAUUACAUAAAAUUUAAAUCCAGAGGUGAAAGACUAUUUGGUUUAAGCGACAUUUAUCUUUUUAAUUAAAAGUCCUUUUCAU